AAAUAUUUCUUUGCUGCCAACUUUCUAAAUAUUCAUAAUAUGGUAAUAAUAUCACAUAAAUUGAAUUGAAUUUAUUGUCUAACCACUUUGCUGUAUAAAUCGAAUUUAAUUUUUAUUAGUUCAUUAAAGUUUUGUAAAAUCAAUUAAACUGUAAUCAUGAGUAGAGCAUACAAUGUUCCCAGUGCUCACAAACAUCAAUAAACUCACGUGUAAGUAAAUAACGCGGAAUUUAUUCAGUAUUAUAAAUUGUAUAUCCAUCAUCAAGUCAAAUGGCAGCAAAAGUGGACCAGAAGGCCUAUUUACUAAAGUAUUUGAAUGGACCACCUGUUAAGAAGAAGAAAAAGAAAAAAGUGGUAAAAGGCAAAGGCUUCAAAAUAAUUGAUGAUGACAUUGAUUUGUCAAAACUCCAAACACUUGAAGUUGAUGAAUUAGAUGUGUAUGGCGAAGGCGAAGACGCUCCUCAAGUGGUGGGGAUCAUUGACGAAAGACCUGAUGAUGUUAAGAAAGCGGAGCAGUUCAAAACCAGUACCAAAUGGAAAAUAAUCAGUCAGGAUGAUGGUGUAAAUACAAAACUACAGAUUGAAGAAAUAAAGAAAGAUAUUAAAGAAGUUGAAGAGGACAAUGAACUACUUUUUGGUAAAAUGUACAGUGAUUCAGAAGAUGAAGAGAAAUCUGCAAAAGCUAACAAUGACAGUGACAGUGAUUUAAAUCCGCCAAGAAAAGGAAAUGCGUCACAGUCAACAAAGGCGUCAAAAGUCGAACGAAAUAAGGUUCAAUCUCAAAGAAAAGAGAAAAAGGAGAAUUCUGAUUCUGACUUAUCACCACCUAGAAGUAGUUCUAAGCGUCAUAACGAAAUUAAGAGAGAUCUUGAUCCACCAAGAAGAGGAGCUGAAAAUAAAUCUGAGAGAAAAGUUAGUAGAAAAUCUCGUUGGGACACUAAUGCCAGUGAACAAUCAAAUGAACAAACUAGUGGAAGGCAAAGGACUCAAGGUAAAACAUUUCCUGAGAGUAGGGCAUUAUAUCAACGUUUGUCAGAUUCUGACGAGUCUCCACCCAGAAAAACACAUAAAAAAUCGCGCAGGGAUUCCAGUUCAGAUACAUCUCUGCAAAGAAGAAAAAACGAAGCUCCUAAGAAAAGUAAAAGUAAAAAGUAUAAUCGAAAUAGAGCUUCAGGAAAUCAUAGAAAUGGUAGUGAUUCUGAUUUGUCUCCACCACGUAAAGAUAAGAGUAAACACAUUGAAAAUCCAUAUAAAUCAAGUAGCAUGAUGAAAGAAAGGAAGAGAGAGAAACGAAAAAAUGACAGUGAUUCUGACCAAUCUCCACCAAGAAGAAGCAGGACAGACAGGAAACCAGAUGGUAAAGACAGAAAAAGAUAUAAACAUAAAAGUUCCAGUGAUUCAGACUUAUCACCUCCUAGGAAAGACAAAACUAAAAGAAUCCACAGUCCAACAUCAAACAGAAACACAUCUAAUAAUGACAGAAAAAGAGAGAAAUAUAACAAUGCAAGUGAUUCCGGUUCACCUAGAAGAACAAAUAUAAGUGACAGUCCGCCUCCAUCAAACAAGAAAAUGGCUAAAACAUUGGAGGGAAAAUUGGCAGGACUUCAGAAUGCCGUACAAUUGAGGGAAGAAAAUGAGGCCUAUAGAAGAAGGGAAGCAGAGGCAUAUGGAAGAAUGACGGAUGAUGUCUCUGGAAGGAAUGCACAAGUUGUAUCAAGAAAAAAAAAGAGAGAAACAUCAGAAGAGAGGAAGAAACAACAUGAGAAGCAAGAGAGACAAAAGAUAUUGGAUGAGAAAUAUUCAAAAUGGAGUAGAGGUCUAAAACAAAUCGAGGCUCAUGAAGAAAGGAUACAGGAUUUCAAACACGAAGCUGCGAAACCAUUGGCUCGAUACAAGGACGAUAGAGAUUUGGAGGAUAAACUGAAAGAUGUAGAGAGAGAUGGAGAUCCCAUGCUAAAGUACAUCAGAGAGAGAAAAAUUGAGAGGGGAGAGUUGGGACCGCAAAAACCGAUGUACAAAGGUGAUUUUCCACCUAACCGAUUUAAUCUCAGACCUGGCUACCGCUGGGACGGCUUUGAUAGAUCGAACGGGUAUGAGAAGAAGUACUUCGAGAACCAGAGUAAGAAACGGGCACAGGCAGAGGAGGCUUAUAAAUGGAGUACUGAAGAUUUGUGAAUAAAUAAUACUUUUAAAAAUAUCAACAGCUAUUUACACAUUGUCAAAAUACAAGAAACAACUCGGAGCUAAUUAAAGAUAUUUUUAAGAGUAAGAAAAGGAAAAUUAUUAAGUACAAGUGUAAUAUCUAAUAAUAAGCACACUUAGUAUUUACAGGUUAUACUUUGUCUAUUUUAUUUUCCAUUUGACAGCUCACGCACAUAAAGUUUCGUAUUGCUUAGGAUAAAAUUUCAUACAAAUAAUAUUGUACUUCAUGGACGGGUACCGCCCACUUAGUGAUGUGCCACACAUAUCGAUCACUACGAUUGUAACACAGAUUACAAAUAAUCGGUAGAAGUAAAUGCUAAUAUGUAGAUAAGGUGUAAGAUUAUGUUAUUUAAUCAGGGAGAUAAAUUAAAAUAUUCACAUUAUUUAAAGUUUUACAUUUUUUCUUGAAAAUAAAUAAACUAAAAUAUU